AUGUGGUCAAUUGUACACUUCUCUUUAACCAUUGGUGUUGCAGUGAAAAUGAUCGAUGCAUUAUAUCGUUUACCUGGUCUAGCUGCUUUACAUGCUGACAGAUCCAGUGUGAUACGAGCUAGUCAACAAUGUGCUAUGAAUUCCGAAUUGGCAAAACUAGAAUAUAUGGACGCUUUGAAUGCAUUUAAAAAUGAAGGCAUAAAAGUACUUGGUGAAAACAUGUCGGAUCAAUCACAGGAAUCUGAUAGUAAUCGGACAAAUGAACAACGUGAUUGA